AUGUUGGUGGCUGAGUGGAUUUUUACGCGACUGUACAACGUUAUUGCUGUAUCCGCUGCGAGUGACAUGUGUUGUGGUCGUCCCGGCCGAUCCGAUAGUCUUCUGACGUUGAAGUUGAUUGAAAAGGCCAUCGGCUACCGACACAAGUUCAAUGCCGGAAAGAGCGUGCGUGAUACAGACCAGGCAGUUGAUACCGCGACCGUCCACGACGACGUCGUGUUCGUGUACUCGCUCUUUUUCUGGCUCGAACUAUCGUGUUGUUCCCCUCGCCACUUAGUCGGCUGUGGCGUGAGUGCAGAAGUAAGUAGACAAACUCGUUGCGAUGGCGCUGAUGUACCUGACUGGUUGGACACCUCUAUGUGCUCUUGA